AUGGGCUUGACAUCCUCUUCACAUCGAAAAACGCCUGAGCCAUUUUCAGUCGACAAGCUCACGGAUGACGAAAUAUACGCUCUAAUCUGCGCUCGAAGCAAGGAAACCGCUGUCGGCCAGCUUAGCGGACCCUUCCCCGGCAGCAGUGCCUGGAAAAUUGGACCAGAUGCUGUUGCCAAAUUCUCGUGGAGCGCCACAGAGGCGUUCAUGAUGACCUAUGUCUCCGCCCACACGGCUAUCCGAAUCCCCAAAGUUCUGCGCGCGAUACCUGCGCGAGCCGAGGACAGCUAUAGAGACGGGACGUGGAUCGUCAUGGAACACAUAGACGGCGAGGAUCUGGAGGUGGCCUGGCCCACAAUGUCGUGGUGGAGGAGGAUUUGCGUGUUGUGGACGGCGCGUCGCUACAUCCGCCAGCUGCAGCGCGUGCCGCUUCUCACUCGCGACGUCCCCGGCCCGUUCGACGCCGCCGGCCGGCCUUAUUUGUGUCGGGGUACCUUCUUCCGCGAGGAUGGCGCCGGUCCUUUCCAAUCCUAUGCCGAGAUGGCAGCUUGGUUCGAUCGCCGACGGUUUGACUGUCUGGCGGCAUACCAUAACGAAACCGGCGGAGAGAUGACGACCUGCCCAAAAUUUGAUGCUUCCCAUCCGCUCGUGCUCUGUCAUAUGGACCUUCAUCUUCGAAACUUCCUCGUUGACAAGAAGGGUGGAUUAUGGUUAAUCGACUGGGCCAAUGCUGGCGCGUAUCCCGCGUGGCUCGAAUAUGCGCAAUUGGCGGAGUGGGGUGACGCCGCGCGGGAGGAUUUUCGCCCCCCGAAACUGUGGAUAUGGUUUGCCCCUUUCAUGAUUGGCAAUUAUCGUCGUUACAAGACGAUGUACCUGGACAAGAUGCGGUGGGCAUGGUGCCGCCCUUCUUGCGAUUUCUAUGACCUGGACUACUUCGAUAAACUCGGCCUGGAAAUCGAUUAA